AUGCGUUUGUCCAUCUCCUGCGAUCAUUGUCGCCAAUCCAAGGUCAAGUGUGUUCACGACGGUCAUCCUCCGUGUCGUCGCUGCCUCCGUCUCAAUCGUAGUUCCUGCCUUUUGACAGAUCCACGUGCGGUCAGAACACCGAGAACUCCGCGGACUUCCAGACCCAGCCUGCCAGAGACUCGAGUUCCAGAGAAUACACCGAGUCGAGCUUCCUCUCCUCUUACUACUCUUUCCUCUUCAACCCUCAUUGCGGCGUGUGAUAUCUACCGCAAGAAAUUCCCUGUCGUCAAUUUCCUCCACUAUCCCUCCUUGAUCGCCGACAUCUCUCGUGAUGUCACCUCCGUCGACCCUGUCUUCCUGGCGGCUCUGCUCUCACUUUGUGCUCGCUUCAUGGCCGGGUGUGACCUGGAGUCUCCGGAAACAUAUGCUCAGUACGCUCGUGCUCAACUUGCACACAGAGCUUUUGAGUCUCCUUCUCUCCCCCUCGCUCAAUCGCUUGUCAUGAUCUCGCUUUAUGAGUGGGGUUCCGGCCGGCCUUAUCGGGCCUGGAUGUAUAGCGGAAUGGCAACGUAUAUGAUACAAUCACUCCUCAAGAGUGCCGACGACCAUAUGGAACAUGCCCCAGACGACUUUCACGCCCAUUCCCAGAUUGCAUACGAACAGCUUGUCCGCACAUACUGGUGUUGCUUUGCUCAAGACUGUGAACUAAGCUCUGGUGCCCGGCAACAUUUUGCCCUCUCCUUUCGCCAGAUCUCCGUGCCGCUGCCGAUAAGCGACUUUGAUUUCAACUUCGCAAAGGUGACACAGAGGCUCAAGCCAGCCGAUAUGAGCCGCGCGGCUCUUAAUGGAACGCACCUUCAGAUCGAUCGCGGACUCGCCAUUGUAACUCGAGGCUUUGACAUCUUCGUCCGGAUUCUGCGCUUUGCGAAUGAGAGCCGUCGAAACCGGGCGCGAGGGUCUGCACCGUCGUCCUUACGUACCUGGCAAGCUUUGAAGGAGGAGCUGGAUGAAUGGAGAGACCUGCAGGAUAUAACAGUCCGUUACCCAGAAACCAGUGCACCCGCUCAUGUGGCUGUAGGGUAUGGGGAACUAUUUGCGUACAUCAACCUGGUCUACUUUAUGAGUGUCCUUUUCCUCUACCGUGACCGUUUCCUGGCAAUUCCUAAAAACGAAGGACCUGAGCAGACCGGCGAGGACCCCGAUGGGACUAUUGACCGUCUGUUUGUAACCGCGCAGCAAAUAGGGGCGAUUUUGUCAUCACUUGAAAGCUGCGCUACCCCUGUAAUCACACCAUACGCCGGGUUUAGUGUCUUUGUAGCCGCCCACAUCAACAUGUACGGGACUGUGUGUCCAUCGCGAUAUCCAGGGGGUCUCGCGCGAGCAGAGGGCGAGAAGAAAUCAAACUUGGAAUAUCUAGAACGUCUGUGUGGGUUCUGGGAUGUAGGGACUAGCUGGUGGCGAACCCUCCAGGAAGCAAACAGAUUCUAUGAGACCGCCCGGUCAACGCAGCCUGGCCUCGGACUGACACUGGCCGGGACCUUUGACGAGUACGGCGACAUUCGCAUUUCGCGACCCGAGCCGUCGGCGACUCGUGCGCGAACGACUCCCCCGAGAGAGACUGUACUCCAGCGUACUGCUACUACUGAUAACCUCAACCCAGAUACUCCCAACCACGUGGCGGCAUACGAUCUCGAAUCGGAAAUGGCUCAGUGGCCGUUUCUUGAUGAGACUUGGUCAGUGGGGUUCGAUACAGGCUACGAAGCCACAUGGCCGGGAUUAAGUUUAAGCUAG